UUUCCAGCUGUUCCUUAUGAGCUUGAUUUUUCCAACGACAGCUUUGUACGUGCUUUUGUUGAUAUGUAUGUAGGUAUGGACUUAGAUGCUUGGCCAAAUUCAGAUCAAAGAACUUUAAGCAUAGGAAUGAAAGAAUUUGCGCAAUCGUCUUGUUUCUUUGUUAUACCUAUGACUUCGACGCUAGAAGACACUAAUGGUUUGGAACUCAUUAGACAAGGAACAACAACCGUCCGUUGUUGUUUUUUUUUUUCGCCUGUGGCGCUUCUCAAUGGCAAACAUUCAAUGGACGAAAGAAAGAAACUCGCUUGA